AUGGCCGGACCUCUGCCGAUCAAGUUCCACGAGCAUCUUCAGGUGAUUUUGUUGGAUUUUUCGGGAAAAAACGGUAUUUUUUAGCUCACCAAUGUGGGAAUCCGGGCGCCGAACAUCUCCUUCGCCUCGGUGACCAUGGAAUCGGACAAGUUUAUCGUUGUCCGUGAGAUGGUUUGUAUCAGAAAAAGGUCGAAAUCCCAAAAAUGAUCGUUUUUUAAAGAUUGCCGACCAGCAACAGGUGGUCAUCGUCGACCUGGCCGACGCUCCCAACCCGACCCGACGUCCCAUCUCGGCCGAUUCCGUCAUUAUGCAUCCCACCGCCAAGAUUCUCGCCUUGAAAUGUAGAAUAUUCCACGAAAUCCCCCGAAAAUCGACCAUUUUCCAGCCAACAAGACUCUCCAAAUAUUCAAUAUCGAACUGAAAGCCAAGGUCAAGUCGCAUCAGAACGCAGAGGAGAUCGUCUUCUGGAAGUGGAUCAACGAGAAACUCAUCGCCCUCGUUUCUGAGACCGCCGUUUAUCAUUGGUCCAUCGAGGGUUCGUUUCGAAACGUCUUUUUUCCUGAAUUUUUCGUAAAUCGUAAAACAGAAAGUCAUUUUUGUCGAUUUUUGAUUAUUUUCGCUCAGUUUUUGGGAGAUUAUAUUAAAAGUUAGGUUUCGGAACUUUUUCUUUUUGAUUUUGGUCGAUUGAAGGUUCGUUCCCAAUCGCGUUUUAUUAUAGAAUAUUUGUGAUUCCUAGGUUUUUUACGUGUAAUUCUUGAAAAAUAUCAAUCUUGCUUAGUUUUCUGUAUCAUAUUGUUUCUUGGAAGUUUGAUCCGAUCCGCUUUUUGUAAUUUAUUAUUCUUAAAUUGAAGAUUUCAGCGCGUAAAUCUUGAAAAAAAAGGAUUUUGACAAUUUUGACCAUAUUUUUGCUCAUUUUAGGAUAUUUCUAUUCACAAUUUGUUCAUUAAUGAGUCGAUCCGAAUCGCGUUUUAAUAGAAAAUUUUCUCGAAUUUGAGUUUAUUCAACGCUUAUUUCACGAAAAACAGAGCAAUUUGUCGAUUUUUGCUUAUUUUGAGAAGAUUUCUAUGUUCAUUGAGGGUUGGUCCUGGAAACGAAUCAAUUAAUUCGAAAUUUUUCAAGAAAAAUCAUCUUUCAUCGAUUUUGAAUCAUUUUCUGUUUUUUAAUCGCGAUCAAAAACUUUCUUGUUGUAUUUUUUUAAUUUGAAGUAUUUUCGCAUUUUUUUUAUAUUGAAUUUUCUGAAUUUUUGAACCCCUUAUGAAACUUGUAAAGUACUUUGAAAAAUAGUAUAUCCGUUUUUUUCUAUGAUGAAACUUGAGGAAAUCGAUUUGAGAACGAUUAUUUUUUUGUUCUUUUUUCAAGUUUUGAGCGUUUUCAUCUUGAUUUUAACACAUUUUACUUUACUUAUUCCAUAAAAACUUUAUGAACUCAAUUAAAAAAAAAUUAUUUUAAGGUGAUUCGACGCCUGUGAAGGUUUUCGACCGUCAUCCAUCCCUGGCUCAAUCUCAAAUCAUCAAUUACCGAGCCGAUGCCGAUUGCAAAUGGCUUUGUCUCGUCGGAAUUUCAGCCAAGGUGAAUAAAUGGCGAAUUAAUGAUGAAAUUGAAGCGGAAAAAGAGCUGGAAAUCUUUUUUUUAUUUUUAUUUUUUUGGCUAAUGAGCUCCAAAAAGCUCCAAAACAUGCUUAGUUUUUCGAUUUUUGCCUCAUGACCUCUUGAUAUUGCUCAUGCUCAUGCUCAUGACCUUGCUUUCAAAAAUAUGCACAAUCAGCACAAGGAAGUAUUCAAUUUUUUGAAAAUCCUGCCGAAUUUUCUAUUUUUUUUUUUUGCAGGGAUAUGGUCAUGUGAGUUUUAUGAAAGCUUUCGUAAAAGUAAUUUUAGAAAAAGCCGUUUUAUUUUAUUUUUUGUGGCUUGAAAAUAUCGUUUAAUGAGUUGGACUGGACUGGUUUAAUUAGGCUUCAUUUAAAAAAAAAAUGGGGACUUUUUUUUUGGCGGGUUGGGUCCCCCCGUCGGCAUCUCUAAUUUCAAAAACUGAAUCCGGAAUUUUUCAGGACAGCCGCGUCGUCGGAAACAUGCAGUUGUACAGCGUGGAACGCAAGGUUUCGCAGCCGAUCGAAGGACAUGCGGCGUGUUUCGUCCGCUUCAAGGUUACUCCUUUUUUGCGGUCGUUCUAAAUGACUCAUGGUCAUUUUUGCAGGCCGAAGGAAACGCUCAUCCUUCCAACUUGUUCUGCUUCUCCGUGAAGAAUGAUGCCGGAGGAAAGGUAAUGGAGAAGAAAUUGAAGAUUUUGGAGCUGGUAAAGGGUUCCUUGAAGUGUUCAAAAAUUUUUUCAAAAAAAAGAGGUUUUAGAGCUUGAUGACGCCUUUUUGUCGUGUUUUAGGAGUUUUUAGGCGUUUUAGAGCUCAAAAAAACGCUUUUUUGCAUGUUUUUUGAACGUUUUCGAAGAUUUUAAAGUACAAAACGCUUUUUUUUCCAUUUUUUUAGAAGUUGUCAGAGGUUUUCGAGCUCGAAAAAAAACGUUGUUUUGCGUGUUUUUUCGACGUUUACAGAGGUUUUCAAGUACAGAACGCCUUUUUUUUUUCGUUUUUUAGAACUUGAAGAGGUUUUGAAACUACAAAAACCUGUUUUCGCCUUGUUUUUAAACUUUUUAGAGAUUUCAAAGUAGAAAUUUAGCUCUUUGUGAUGAUAAAUUAUGAUAAAAAAGCAAAAGCUGAUUUUUCCAAACGAUUUGAAGCGGUUUCUGGCAAAAAAAAUUUUUUGGACGGUUUUUUUGGUUUUCAAAAAGUUUGAAUCUUGCGAUUUUGGCAUUAUUUUUUGUCGAAACUUUUGUGUUUUUUACUUCAAAAGUGGAAAAAAAUGCCGAUAUUCACAAAAAAUAGUUGAGCUGAAAAUUUUAAUCUGAAACUCAUAAUUUCCUUUAAAAUUGGCUUCGAAAAACCUGCGUGAAAACGUUUUUCGAUGAAUUUUAGCCUAUGGAAUCGAAGAAAGGAUUGAAUGAAGCAAAAAUAGCCUAUUAGAAGAAGAAAAAAAAGUUAUCAGGUUCUGUAAAUAUUCAACUUUGAAAGGGAGAAUGAUAUGAAGGAAAUUACAUGGUUUUUUUCUUUUGAAUCAAGGAAAUUUUCAAGAAUUUUUAGGCCAAAAAAAUAUAUAUAAUUGUAAUUUUUCAGCUGCACAUCAUUGAAGUUGGACAGCCGCCGGCGGGAAAUCAGCCGUUCUCGAAGAAGAACGUCGAAGUGCCGUAUACGGCUGAAACGGCCGCCGAUUUCCCCGUCUCCAUGCAGGUAUAAAAGAGAGAUUCCUUCUAAGAAUCAACCGGUUUUUCUUUCGAAGAAUGGUCACUCUCUUUCUCGUUGAAUUAAAGAAAGACCUUUGAUCACGAUCCAUUUUUGGGUGUCUUGUUGUCAGUUUGCAUUAGAAAUGAACUGGAGAAAGUUUUGAGAUUUCUUUUUUAGGAGAAAUCUAGGAAUUUAUUGGAAAAGGAAGGUCAAGGAUAGAUUUUCAGAGAAGGAUUGUAUCAUAAUUGUUAUAAUCAGAAAAAGCUAAACUGGUUUUUUUCAAUUUUUUUUAACCUUUCCAAGCAAAAAAAUCUAGAAAAAAAUCGAGUGGCCACUUGAGGGAUUUUUUUGUCCUGAAAUAUUGAUGAUUUUCUAAAGAUUCUGAUAAUCAGAUUCAAUCAGUACUGCGUUCAAAGCUAAUUUGGAAAAUGUUGGGAAACAAUGGGAAUACUUCUAGUGGUCACUUAAUGGAUCCCUCAAGGUCUACUUGGACAGGGCACUAAAGUGGUCACUAAAGCCGCCUCUAUAGAAGCCACUAUUUCCCGUUUUAGUGGCCAUUAUAGUAGUUUUUAGGGGUCUAGUAGUAUCGCUUAGACUUUAAUGAGACCGUUUAUUUUUAAUCACUUAAGUGGCCACUAAAAAUACCUCUUUAAAAGCCACUAUCUUUCGUUUUAGUGGCCGUUAUAGUAGUUUUUAGGAGUCUGUAAGUAUUACUUAGACUUUAAGGAAACAACUAAAUUUUAGCCUCAUAAGUGUCCACUAAUUCGACAACUAUGUUAACCACUAAAACGUCAAAACCCUAAAGUGGCCACUCAAAAUUCUGUAAGUAAAAUGAUUGAGAUUGAGCUUCGGAAAGUGACACCCAGAAUAACCCUGAUUUUAUACGUUUCUGUGGAGUUUUAUAAGGAUUUUUUGCUGGGUAAAAGUAGUUAGUUUAUCUUUCCGAGAGUUAGUCUAUCUAAUUAAAAGUUUUUUAAACCACAACGACGGAAUUUAUAUCUUUUUGUUUCGAUUGAAGGUUUUUAAAAAGGACUUUUCAGAAGAUUUGUCAGUUUCGGUAGAGAUUUAGAGCUUUUCUUCGCAUUUCCAGAUCUAUUUUUCAAGAUCGAAAAAAAUGAGAAUGUGUACAGGAAAUCUAAAAAAAACGUGCAAUCUAGGAAAAUAUUUCACAAUGACAGUAGUAGAAUUAUAAUCCGCGAAAGUAAUUUCUCCUUUUCUUGAUUUUUUUUUUGUCAAAAUUACACUAUAAACCCACGCGGACAGGUGUUAUUUGUUUACCUAAAGCCAAUUUCGCCUCGUUCGAUUGGGACCCAACGAAAUUUGAUCUACCUUGAAUAAACAUAACAUCCUUGGCCAAUUGUUGUAAACUUUAUAAUAUGUCGAUUUUAGAGGUUUUAGUGAUUAUUAAGGGAAUUUUUGGGUUGAAAUGAAGAUUUUAUGUUUUAUUUCGAGUCUUCAAAAAAUCAGACUGGAAAUGUUCCAGGCCCGGAAGGAAUGAAGCUCUGAAAUGAAUCAACUUUUUUUCGGGUUUUACGAAAAGUUGGAAUAAAAAAAGUUUGUAAAAUUUAAUUUUCCAUAUUAAGGAAAUUGGGUUUUUUUUUGUAAUAAAAGGAAUUUUCAAGUGAAAAUGAAGUUAUAACUCUUUUUCCCGUUCAAAUUCUGAAGGCGGGACAUUUUCCAGGCCUCUUCCAAACAAGGAAUCAUCUACCUGGUGACGAAACAUGGCUUCGUCCACCUCUACGACGUCGAGUCGGGUGCCAGGAUUUAUUCCAACCGAAUCUCGAUGGACACUAUUUUCGUCACCACCGAGUAUACCACGACCGGUGGUAUCAUGGGCAUCAACAGAAAGGGACAGGUAAAAUGAAGGGAAAAAGGGAUUUUUAGAUAUUCCAUGUGGUGUAGCAAAGAUUGGCGGAUGAUGGUUGUUUUUCGAAGUUUUCUAGGUUUUUACUGUUUCAAGCUACAAACUCGGUGAAUAAAAUCAAUUUUUAGUGGUAAAAUUUGAAAAAAAAAACAAAUCUUGUAGUUUCAAUUGUUUCAAUAUUUUUUGUCAUUUGAGCAAGAAUGCGAUUUUCGUUUAAUUGAUAAAGUUUCCAAAUUUAAUGGUCGCACUUUAAAAGCGUACGUGUUCUUUCGAGCCAUUCCAAGUGUGACCACGUUCGAAUUUGAUGGAUUUAAAGGAUAAGAACUCAAUUUUCAGGUCCUUUCCGUCUCGAUCGAUGAAGCCAAUCUGGUGCCUUUUGUCACUCAAACCUUGGGAAAUCACGACUUGGCCUUGAGAUUGGCCAUUCGAUGCAAUUUGACUGGUAAUAUUGGUUCACAAAAACAAAGAAAUUGGCGAUUUUCAGGCGCCGAGGAACUUUUUGUCCGAAAGUUCAACUUGAUGUUCAGCAACGCUCAGUAUAGCGAGGCCGCGAAGAUCGCUGCCACGGCGCCGAAGGUGAAAAAUGGAAAACAAAUAGAAAAAAUUGAGAUUUUUAAGCUAAAAACGAGUGUAAAUUGAGAAAAAAAAAUUUUUUGAAGAUUUUUUUGAGAUCUGAUUUUUUUAAUGGGAAUUUUCGACUGGAAAAACUAGUUAAAAUCGCAAAAAAAUCAGGCUAAAGACUUGGUGCCGAAAAGAUUUAUGUUAGAAUAACUAUUGAAUAUCCGUGAUUUUUUUGGGUUAUAGAAUAGUAAAAAAAUCACAGAAAAAUGGUUCUGAAGAGUUUUUUUGAGAUCUGACUUUCAGAAAAAUCCAAGAAAAAAAGUGAUAGAAUAAUUAUCAGGCUUUUAGAUAUGAUUUUUUUGAGUUGAAACAAGGAAAAAAAUAAAGGAAAUUAGGGUAACUACUUGAUUCUCAAGACUUUUUUUGAGAUAUUUCAGAUAAUUAUUUAAAAAAAAGGAUAAAGUAGUUAUUGAGGUUUUUGAAGUAGAGGGAAUGAUACGGCUUUUUUUCGGAACAAGUAGAGAAAAAAAAGGGAUUUUUAGGUGAAAUUUAGUGAAAAUUAAAGGAAAUUGGAAAAUGACUUGGUUCUGAAAAGCUUUGAGACGAAUUUUUAAACUUUUUCAGAGUUUGCCACUUUUUCAGGAAAUUCUCCGCACCCCGGCCACCAUCCAAAAGUUCCAACAGUGCCCGAGUGCCGCUGGCGGAGCUUCUCCCCUCCUCCAAUAUUUCGGAAUUCUGCUCGACCAGGGACAGCUCAACAAAUACGAGACCCUGGAACUUUGCCGACCCGUCCUGGCUCAAGGCCGGAAAGAGCUCAUCAACAAAUGGUAGCUUUUUAAAAAAAAAACAUGAGAAAAUGGUUUCUAACGAGGGCAGAGCUGCCCGCAAGCGUCCCUAGGGCCGUAUUUAGUUUCAGUUUUUGAGUUUGCUUCCAAAUUCAAGGUUGAAUGAGAAUAGUAAUGAUAUGAAAAAACCUUAAAAAUCGUUUCUCUCAAGGGCCGAGCUGCCCGGAGGUGUCCCCAGGGCUUUAGCUUAUUUUUUUGUUGGGUCUUGUCAUAAUUAUGACCUUUUGAUCAACGAAUCGAGAAUUAAAAAAAACAUUUCGAGAGAGAAAAGUGCAUUUAUUUAUUAAAUCUAAUUUUUGAGAAAAAUUGAGGCUUUUUUGUCGCCCAGAGAUCAGAAGUUUAUGAUUUUCUUAAAUUUGACAGAAGUUUUCUGGAAAAAUAAGAGGUUUUUGCCCCUGUCCCCGAUCCAAAGGGUACAUUUUCGAAAGUUUGAGAGCAUUUUUCUCAGAAAAUUUGAGUAAAUGUAAAAUUUCAAUCAGAUUUGUGGAAUAUUUACGGUGAAUAUUACCCUUAAAAAUUAUUUUUGAACAAAAAAUGAUCAUUCAUCAAAUAAAAAGGCAAAUUCAAGGCUCGGAGACAACAAGUUGGAGUGCUGCGAAGAACUCGGAGAUCUGAUCCGACCCACGGAUCCGAACUUGGCCCUGUCCGUCUAUUUGAGAGGAAAUGUGCCACACAAGGUCGUCCAGUGCUUCGCCGAGACGGGACAAUUCGAGAAGAUCAUCAUCUACGCGAAACGAGUCAACUUCCAGCCGGAUUAUCUCUUCCAGCUUCGACAGGUUUUCAUUGGAGGGGGGAAAUGAGACAAUUUUUUCAAGAAUAUAAUUUUCCUUCAAUUUCUUCAGCCGAAUAAUAGAAAAAAAAGUUCUGAUCAGGUUUCAAUAAGGAAAAAAAGUUUAGUCAUGAUUUCAAAAAAAAAAAGGUCCAAAGGGUCUCAAAAAGGUAUCAAAAAGAAGAAUCCAGAGCUCCUUUUGGAGUUCCUGAAAAGUGUCAAAAGUUUCUCGGAAUCUAUUUUUUUAAAUUUCCCCUAAAGAAAAGUUGAGAAAAAAAGAUCUUUUGAAAGGUUCCAAGGGUCCUUUUUAGGUCCUUCUGGACUUUGCCCGUGAAGGGACUUUUUUUCCAAGAUUCUGAAGAAAAUUCUUGUUUCUACGAAUCCCAUAGAUAACAAAUAUAUCCUUUCUGACCUUUAAGGUGCGUUUUUAGAUCCUUCGCUCUGGAAACCAGGACGCUGGAGCCAAAUUCGCCCAAAUGUUGGUCUCUGAAGCCGAUGGAAAUGAGCCCCUUGCCGACCUCACCCAGGUCGGAAUGAGCCUCAACUUCUGAACGUUGAAAGUUUGCAGAUCAUCGACUGUUUCAUGGAGGUGCAGGCCGUCCAACCGUGCACGUCAUUCCUCUUGGAAGUCUUGAAGGGCAACCGACCUGAGGAUGGUCAUCUCCAGACGAGACUCCUCGAGAUGAACCUUCUUGCUGCCCCAGCGGUCCGCAUUUGAAUAUUCUUGGGGGUGGAAAUGAAGGGAACAUCAAGUUUUGUGUGUUAGAUAUCAAUGUAGCCGAUUCGUAGCUAGCUUUGAACGUAAAGGGGCGUGGUCUGUCGAGGCUCUCCACCACCCAGGCACUGUCUAUUUUUUCAUCGUGUCAGGACCCAUUUUUCUAUGGUUCAAGCCGUGACCUUUUUACACAGUUGCUUCUACAAAUCUUAACUGAAAUUGAUAAAAUUCGGCGGAAAGUCUCUCUGUUUUCCCUAUCUAGAGAGUUUCAUAACUGCUGGAGUAAUUCUUUUUUUUCCAGGUCGCCGACGCGAUUCUGGCCAACAAGAUGUUCACGCACUACGACCGCGCCGCUAUCGGACAACUCUGCGAGAAGGCCGGCCUUCUGCAGCGGGCCCUCGAGCACUUCACCGACCUCUACGACAUCAAGAGGACCGUCGUCCACACUCAUUUGCUCAAACCCGAUGUGGGAUAUUUGAUUAUUAGCAUUUUCUGAAGUAUUCGGGUGGUUAACAAGAAAAGCUCUGUAUUGAUGACAGCUCUUUGAAUUAUACGAACCAAAAAAAGAUAGAUCUGAAAUUCAUUUCCUGAUAGAGGUACACAAUAAUGUUUCAAUUCACAAGGAAGGUCAUUUUUCUCGGAUUUUCUUGAUAAUUGCCCAGAGCACUUUUUGAUGUCCUAAAAAGAAUUCUGAAAGUCCCAAGCUCUACAAUUUCGAGAAACGAAAGCUCUAAGUUACACAAUGGCCUUUUUCAACUAAUUUUUACUCUUUUUUCAAAAAAUAAGAAAUGGAUAAGGUUGAGACUUCGUGGGUCUUUUUCUGGUACUUCAAGCACUCUUCCAGCCAAUUUUCAAGCGCAUUUUAAAAUCAGCUUCCUUGAAAAAAUUCAAAACAAUUACGGAACAUGUUUUGUUAAAACUCAAGGUUUCAUCAGAACAAAUUCACGAAUUUUAGCCUAUUUUCUGAACUUCUAUUUUUUGUUUUGUUGAAGAAGGAAGGUUUUUGACCCAUCAAAUUCAGUGGCUCGUCAACUACUUUGGAAGCCUGUCUGUGGAGGACUCGAUCGAGUGCCUGAAAGCCAUGCUCACGCAGAAUAUUCGCCAGAAUCUGCAGGUUUGUUGGAGAAAAAAAGUGUCAAAAAAAUUCGUAAUAUUCUCUUUCUACCAUGUUUCCAUGUACGUUUCUCAUAUUAUUCAGAUUUUUUUAAUUAAUUUUUUUAUUCGGAUCAGUGGAUAUUUUAUCGCGAAAUGAAAGUCUUGAAGCGAAAAAUCAGUAUGAGCUUGAUUGUAACUUUGAAAAUGAUCGUAAAGGUAAAAAAUAAACUUCGAAAAUAAUGUAAGAUCACCAUUACAACAAAAAUAUGCUUCAGAAAUGAGUGAUUUUUUGAAAGUGCGCAAAAAAGUUUAUCAUUUUACUUAAUUUUACUGUUUCCUAGCUCAAUAACGGGGUUCGGAUGUGUCGCAGCAUUUCUAGUGACCACUUUAGUAGCCUCAGAACUCUUAAGUGCACCCUGGGAUUGCUCAAAAACGUCAGAUUUUCGUUAUCAAGGUCUUAGAAUUUGAUAUAAAAUUCGAUCGUUCUUCUUCACCUCAAGAUGAAAUUUCUAAAGGUUGUGGUCCAAAUCGCGUCGAAAUACCACGAACAACUGGGAACCGAGAAGCUCAUCGAAAUGUUCGAGAACCACAAGAGCUACGAGGGACUUUUCUAUUUCCUCGGCUCGAUCGUCAACUUCAGUCAGGACUCGGAAGUCCAUUUCAAGUACAUCCAGGUCCUUUAGGAAAUCUUUAGAAGUCUCAAAAAAUAACAAAAACUGAUCCAGGCCGCCACCCGCACUGGCCAAAUCAAGGAAGUCGAGCGAAUCUGCCGCGAAUCGAGCUGCUACGACGCGGAACUCGUCAAGAACUUCCUCAAGGAGGCCAAACUCGCCGAUCAGGUUGGCUCAUAUCCAGAUUGAAAGAAAGAGUAAUGUGAUCUUCUUCAGCUCCCUCUGAUCAUCGUCUGCGAUCGCCAUAAUAUGGUCCACGAUCUGGUGCUCUAUUUGUACCGGAAUCAGCUCCAGAAGUACAUCGAAGUCUUCGUCCAGAAGGUGGGAACAGUUGGGAAAGCGGAUUUUAGGAGAAAAGACAAGUUGAGCAAACCUUGAAGCGGGAAAUCCAGCUUUAAAAGGCGCUUGAAGACUUUGAAUUGAGGGGAAGGCAAGAAAAAGCCUGAAAAAUCAAAAAGUAAAAUCUAACUUUGACGCGGAAAAUUCAGCGGAGUUCAGCUUCUAAAAGCCAUUGAAGAAUUUAAUUUGAGGGGGAAAAGAGCCUGAAAAAUUAAUGAAAACAAACUUUGGUGCCGAUAAAUGAGCUAAAUUCAGCUUUUGAAAAGGCACUCAAAGAUUUUAUUUUGAAUGUAAAAGCAGUAAAAAACCUGAAAAAGUGAGAAACGCGAGCUUUGAAGCAGAAAAUUUUGCGAAAUCAAGCUUUUUAAGGCCAUCGAAGACUCAAUUUUGACGGUAAAAACAGGAAGGAACCUGAAAAACCAAAAAGAAUAAUUCCAACUUUUAAAGUCAAUUGAAGGCUUCAAUUUUAAGUGUGAAACAGAAAUGAACCUGAAAAGUUGAGAAAAAAUAGCUUUGAAACGUGAAUCAUUGAUAAAGAUUCAAGGAGAAGUUUAAUAAGGACCUCAUUUUAAUAAAUUUGAGACGAAUUAAAUUUCAAGAUAAAAAUAGGUUUCCUGAAAGAACAGAAUUCGUAUAGGUGAAAAAAAAGAGAAUUUAAAAGAUCACGAAGAAUGAUCUGAAUUUGUCUGCUGGAUUCAUAGGUAUAUUUUCAAAGACUUGAGAAAAAAGGAAUUUGAUAGUUCAUUCCGCGAUUUUUGGUUGGACCGAAAAUUUUGUGCAAACGGAGGGAUGCUCAAUUUUGUAGAUGAGAUUUUUGUCCUCUACGUUGGAAUCAGAUUUAGUUCGAAUCGCUGUUUCCAUAAUUUAUUAUAAGGUUUCGAAAAAAAUUCAACAUAGUUGAUUUGUUAAAUUAGCGACUGACGAAAACAAAGAAAUAAGCGUGUUUUGAGGGAUAUAUGAAAAAUGAGCCGUCAAAUAGUCCGUUUUUAAAAAAAGAUUACUCUUUCUAUGAUAAAAUAAAUAAAAACUGUUUCCAAGUUCAGAGAUCCUUCCAUGAACGAUGAGAAUAAUAUUUGAAAACAUCCUUUUACGAAAAAAUAGCUUUUUUUGAGUGGCGGCUAGUUUUUCGCAGCUCUUUUGUCAGUCACCCACUUUGAGGCGAUGAUUUCGGAAAUUUUGAUAGGUUUUUCAUAGCUCAAAAUUGUUCCAGGUCAACUCGACCCGGCUUCCAAUCGUUGUCGGAGCUCUUCUGGACGUUGACUGUAGCGAAGACGCGAUCAAGCAGUUGAUCGUCAACACCCGAGGAAAGUUCGACAUCGACGAGCUCGUCGAGGAGGUCGAGAAGAGAAAUCGGUGAGGAAGAGGCGGAAGUUAGAGCUUUCGAAUGAGAUCUCAGAGAAUCUAGAGCUUCGGAGGCUUCUAAAGUUUUGAUUUUGGAAGUUUUCAGGGUUCCUUGUAAAACAGAGAUUGAAAUGUUUUUCCAUGGUGAUAGAACUGUAGAAUUUUCUGAUGGUCGAAACGAAAAAAACGAGUUUUAAGCUUUCAGAAUUUGAAUCCUGAUAAUCUAAAGCUUCGAACAUUUCGAAAAAGUUUUGAAAAAUUGGUUUUAUUUUGAAAAUAUCCCGGGUUUCCUUGUAGAAAAAAGGUUUCAGAAAGUUUCGGGAUAAAACUGUGGAAUUUCUAAAGAUCUUCAGGAAAAAAAUAAGUUUAGAGCUUUUAGAAUGAGGAUCUAGAGAAUCUAAAGCUUUUGAGGUGUCAAAAAAAUUCAUUAAAUACGUUUUUAUUCUAGGAAUAAUCAGGUUUUUCUUGUAAGACAGGGUUUUCAAGAUGUUUUUCAAGAUGAGAUGAACCUGAAUGGUUUUUUGAAAAAACAGCAAUUUUCGAGGUUUCAGACAGUUAGGAAUUUUGAGAUUUUCCAGAACCUGGACCUGAGAAUUUUGUUUUUGAAGUGAAAAAUCAGAAAUUUUCGUACAUUUUGGAUACAAAUUUAGCUUUUUUGAAUAUUGAUUUUUUCAAUUUGUGCUCUGAAGUUUAUCAAAAAAUGCGAAAAUCUAGGGUUUUGCUACAUUUUUGAAGGUACUAGGAACCUUUAAGAGAAAUUUGAUGAAUCGGAAGCUUCUGAAGCAUUUUUGCUCAUUUUGAAGCCCUCAAUUGAAACUUUAAUGAAUUCCUAUAAUCCUUAUUGUUUCAAUUUUGAAGUCUUUUCCUAUUAAUAUAAGCAUUUAUUGAUUCAUUUUGAGUUGAAAUAGAAGGCGUGAAGUUUAAAUCAAUAAAUGGGUUCAGAUUGAAGUUGCUGGCCCACUGGCUGGAGUCCCGCGUCCAGGAAGGCGCCACGGACGCCGCCACCCACAACGCGAUGGCCAAGAUCUACAUCGACUCGAACAACAAUCCGGACCGAUUUCUCCGCGAGAACCCCUACUAUGACAGCACUGUCGUUGGAAAGUACAGCAGAUCCCGUCGUUCUGUCGAUUAUUUGAGCAUUGUUCAAGGUACUGCGAGAAGCGCGACCCCCACUUCGCCUUCCUGGCCUACGAGAGAGGCCAGUGCGACCAGGAGCUCAUCCAUGUCUGCAACGAGAACUCGCUCUUCAAGAACCUCGCGAGGUCCUUUUUUUUUAUCUCGUUACAAGAUGUUUCUUGGUACUUUUGACCUCCUCCAUGAUAGUAAUAUUCUAGGAAAAAAAGAAAAAAAUACGGUUAGGAUAUUGUUAAGGGCGCUGUCUAAAGCAUACGUCGGCUGGAUCCCACCCCGGGGUGCGGUCUACUCCCUUCAAACUGCGGCCUACCCCCCAAAAAGUGCGGCCUACCCCCAGAAAAAUGCGGCCUACCCCCCGAAAAAUGCGGCCUACUGCAGUACAUUUUUAAAUCUUUUUUUCGCUUGCAAAAGGCUGGAGUGGGAUCCAGCCGACGUAUGGUCUAAAGUCCACAGGGUCACAAGUUCGAUCCCCGCCUCGACCCAACCAAGGGGUUUAAGAAAUUUUGAUAGUGGGAAAUCACGGCUUCAUAAUCCCCAGCCAUCAUACACAAGGACGGAUAGAAGAAGAAUCUUUUUUCUUACGAUCUAAAUAAUUGUACCCUCCAGAAAUUUCCACUCCCGUGCAACUCUGCAACAUUAAGAUCAAUUAGAAAGAAAUGCUCAUAAAAAUAUUGCUAAGAACUGUCCUAAUUUUUUAGAAGUGUCUUAUAGAACCAAAAAUCGUUUUUUAUAUCGAUGAGAAAAAGAGUUAGAGGAAAACAUUUUUUUUCGAGCUUUAAAAGUGAAAAAAUCGCCUCUUUUUCUGAUCUAAUCACUUUGAUCAACCGUCUUUUGUUUCUGAACAAGUUAGGUAACUUUGCAGUUCCUAAGGGGAAAUUAUUGAAUGGAUGGAAGGGGCCGGAAGUUGAUAAGUUUUAUUUCGUCAAUAUCGAUUUCCUAACCAAAAAGUUCAGAUACCUCGUUAAAAGACGCGAUUUCGCUCUGUGGGAGCAGGUUUUGAACCAGGAGAACGCCUACCGUCGACAACUCAUCGAUCAAGUUGGAAUUUUCACCAAAAACCCUAAGUGCCCAAUUUUUAGGUCGUCCAAACGGCCCUUUCCGAGACCCAAGAUCCGGAAGACAUUUCCGUGACCGUCAAGGCCUUCAUGGCCGCCGAUUUGCCCAACGAGCUGAUCGAACUGCUCGAGAAGAUCGUCCUGGACAACUCGGCCUUCUCCGAACACAGGAACCUUCAGAACUUGCUCAUUCUCACGGCCAUGAGGGUGAAUAGUUGGAAAAAAGUUUGAAAAUGAUUCGAGAGUUUUCAAAAGAUUAAAUUUUGAAAAAAAGUCUUUGAAAGCCGGUUUUUUUGUUGUGUUUCCAAAAAAAUUCACAAAUUUUAAAUUUUAAAAAGUUGAGAUUUAUUGAAGUGAAGAGUUUUUUUGUAGAUUUCUUGAGCUUUCAAAUUGGUUAGGUUUUUUUUAUGAACCACCACUUAUUUUUGAAAAAAACGGAACAGAAGUGCAGUUUCCUCGGGAAAAAUACAAAAAAACAAUAAUUUUCGGAUAAUUUUUUUCAUUCUGGAACUUUCUGAAGUUGUGAUGACUAAUAUUUGCCACAUACUGGUGAAAUUUAAGAUUCUUAAGAAUACCAGGAAGUUUCAGAAAGAUUUGAGGAACUUGAUACAGGAACACUUUGGUCAAAAAAAAUGUUUUUGACUCGAAAAAUUAGGCAAAAAAUCUUGACAAUUCUUCAGAAAUAUGUUUCAGAUUCAAAUAGUAUUAAUCUUUUGCAGGCUGACCGCACCCGCGUGAUGGAAUACAUCCAGAAACUGGACAACUACGACGCUCCGGACAUUGCCAACAUCGCGAUCACCUCGGAACUCUACGAAGAAGCCUUCGCCAUCUUCAAGAAGUUCGACGUCAACUCGAGCGCCAUCAACGUCCUCAUCGAGAACGUCAACAACCUCGACCGCGCCUACGAGUUUCGCCGAAAAGUGCAACCAGUCGGAAGUCUGGGCCUCGCUGGCCAAGGCCCAACUUAAGCAGGAUCUCGUCAAAGAGGCCGUCGACUCCUUCAUCAAGGCCGACGAUCCCGGAGCCUACAUGGAGGUCGUCAACAAGUGCGCUCAGACUGGUGAAUAUAUCAUUCUUUUUGGUGGAGACAUGACGGAUUUUUGUGAAAAUAAUGGUUUUUUAAAACUAUGUGAGGAGGUUCUUUAGAGGGGAAAUCAUUUUCAACCAUUCGAGGCAUUUUUUCGAGAUACGCUAAUAUUUCAAACUAGUUAGCACGUCAUUUUCGAAUACAUUAUCCUUUUUUAAAUAUUUGAGGCAUUAUUAUUAUUAGAUACAGUAUAUAUUUCCAAUGAUAGUUAGCACGACGUUUUUUUAAAUAAAGUAACCUUUUUUUGAAAUAUUUGAAAGCGUUAUUUCUAGAAACAGAACCAUUUUCUUUAAACUAAUAAAAGCAUUAUUUUAGAUGAAAAAUUAAUUUUUUUAUCCUUUCAAGGUAUUAUUUCAAGAUAAAAACCAUUUUUCAACUCAUUAAGACUGAGGUUAGCUUCAUAAUUCUAGAAAAAAAACGCGCUUUCAUAGAACUUGUUUCGGAUCGAAAGAUGUGAAAAAAAUUUUUUUUCUUGUUUGGGGCGUUUUUUUCGAGAUAAGAAUCUUUUCUCUGAGAUUCAUAUCAUUGAAAGAAGAAUCUGAGAAAAAAACACACAAAAAAAUAAUUAGAACUAUCUGAUUACGAAAAAAAUAUAUGACAAACUCUGCUUACUGAUGCAUUAUCAAUUUUUAGCCUUUUUUUAGUUUUUUUCGGUGUGAAACACUCAUGAAGGGAGAGAACAAAAAAAAAUGAUUUUGAAGUGUAUUUUACUCAGUUUGGAAAAUCUUCCAGAGCACUGGGAGGACCUCGUUCGGUACCUUCAGAUGGCGCGCAAGAAGUCUCGCGAAUCGUACAUCGAGACGGAACUCGUCUUCGCCUUGGCCAAAACUGGUCGCCUGACUGAGCUGGAGGAGUUCAUCGGAAGCCCCAACCACGCUCAGAUCGGACAGGUUUCCGGCUCCUGCAAGAGAGCAAAGGAUUACGAGAAAGUUAUGCUCAGAUCGGAGACCGAUGCUUCGACAACGGCAUGUUCGACGCGGCCAAGAUCUUGUUCACCAACGUCUCCAACUUUGCCAAGCUGUCGGUGACCCUCGUCCGUCUGGGAGAGUAUCAAGGCGCCGUCGACGCGGCCAGGAAGGCCAACAGCACGAAAACUUGGAAGCAGGUUCGGCGGGGGAAAAAGAGGAAAAACAUUUCUUUCAAUUUUAAUUUUAAAAUUUCAUGGAGCUCAAAAAGUAGCUUCAUCUUGAAAUUCAAUGUCUUGAAAGCAUAUUUGACUGAUAAAAAUAAAAUAAAAGAGAAAAAUAGUUAUUCAAUUUUUAGCUUUAGAGUUUCUUGAAACUCUGGAAGAAGGUUCAUUUCAAAAUUAAGUUUCUGAAAGCAUAUUUGACUGAUGAAAAUCAAAUAAUAUGAGAAAAAUGGCUAUUCAAGUUUUUUGAAAAGCUUUUUUGGGACUCCGACACAAGCUUCUUGUUAAAAUGUAGUACUACGAGGUAUUUUUUUGACUCAGGAAAUUGAAAUAUAAAGUGGAAAAAAACAAUUAAAAAAACAAGUUUUUUUAUCGAUAUUUUUUUUGAAAAAGACAGAGUUUUUCUGAUGAAAUAUGAUUCACUAGGAGAAAGCUUGAUACGAGAAAGGUAAUGAAAAAAAGGUGAAAAAAUAUAAUUUCUUUGAUAAGCUUUUCCAUAGCAAAAUAUGAUAUUUUGGAUAAAUCAUAGCUUUUUCUAUUUUUCUGAAAGCAAAGAAGUGCAAAAGAAUGGAAAAUUAGCUUUAAAUUACAAGUUCUUGAAAGUUUUUUUUGGUUUGUUCUCAGAUUAAUUAACAUAGUCGGUUCACCUCUGGCUUGAACGACGAAAAAAAAAACUGUAUAAACUUCUGAGCCUCUCUUAUUCUCACGAUCUUUCAUUCAUGUCUCAUUUCUUUAGUUUUGUAAUUUUGGGAGUAGCUAGCGGUGAAUAGAGUAUGGUCAAGGACUUUUCGAAUUUAAAAAUCUAGCAAAAAUGCCGAAUUUCUUAGGUUUGCUUCGCAUGCGUGGAAAACGGCGAAUUCCGUCUUGCCCAAAUGUGCGGACUUCACAUCGUCGUCCACGCUGAUGAGCUGGAGGAGCUCAUCAACUUCUACCAGGACCGCGGUCACUUUGAAGAGCUCAUUGGUACUGAAAUCACCUUUGAAAACCCCCGUCCAUUUCGCUCUUUUCAGCCCUUCUGGAAGCGGCUCUCGGCCUGGAACGAGCCCACAUGGGAAUGUUCACCGAGUUGGCGAUUCUCUACAGCAAAUUCAAGCCGGAGAAGAUGCGCGAACAUCUGGAGCUGUUCUGGAGCCGCGUCAACAUCCCGAAGGUCCUGAGGGCCGCCGAACAGGCCCAUCUCUGGGCCGAACUCGUCUUCCUCUACGACAAGUACGAGGAGUACGACAACGCCGCCCAGACGAUGAUGCAGCACCCGACCGAGUCGUGGCGCGAGCAACACUUCAAGGAGGUCAUCGCCAAGGUAAAUCCAUCUUUUUUUUCAUGGGAAAAACGUUCAGUCGGUCUUUUGUUUCAAAAAUAACAAGGAUAAGACUUUGUAAAGCUCGAUGGCAUUUCAAAAAUAUCAAAGUUUCAUCGGAAAAAAACGGUUUUUCAGUCACAAAUUUUUUGUAUGGAGUUUGAUCUUCCUGAAACCUUUUGGUGUAGUGUUGACUGUUAUUUGUAACUAUCUGGCGGGAUAGAAGUUUGUAGAAAAAAAAGGCAGCUUCGUGGAGUUUAACACAGUCGAAUUGAGAUGGUACCAUAAUGUGUCCACAAAAAUACCUCUCAAAAUAGAUUGUGAAGACCCCAUAUAGUGUCCAUCGUGAAACCUCCGGCAUACCUUUUAGCUACAUCUGAGCCAUCUCGGAAGUACCUCCGAGUCUUUCUCAAGUCUAUCUAAUUUUGCUCAAAAUCCUCAAAGGUAUCCUUGAGGUACCAUCGUGAGACUUCAGAGCCUGCGAUAUACCUCAGAGGGUCUCGCGAUACCCUUUCUCGAUUUGCCUAUAAACAAAGAUUGAGCUUUGAACUAGGAAAUUGCUAGCAAAAAAAUUUUCGUAUCGUUUCUUGCUGUUCUCUACUUGAAAUAUGGAGAAUAAGGCGUUUUUCAGAGCAUUUGCAAAGCUUCAUAAUUUGAAAAUAAGAAUUAUAGGAACAAAUUUUUUGUUUUGACUGGAAACAAGAGAUCUUGAAGUACGCUUCAGCAAAUUUUUAUGAAAAGCUGAAUAAAAAACGAGCAGGGCAUGGUCAGAAAGAAGUAUUUGAUGCAAUUUACUUUUCGUUAUUGAAUUUUUGACUUUUUCAUGUAGGAAAGUUCUGCUGUCCCCUUCUGAUGUCUGUUUUUCAUAAUAUUUUCUCGAUCAUCAUAAAAAAAAAUUGGCUGUUUCAGGUGGCCAACGUGGAGCUGUACUACAAGGCGAUGCAGUUCUACCUGGACUACAAGCCGUUGUUGCUCAACGACCUGCUGGCCGUCCUCUCCUCGCGUCUCGACCACUCUCGCACCGUCCAUUUCUUCACCAAGUGCAACCACAUCCCUCUGGUCAAGCCCUACCUCCGUCAAGUUCAAACCCUGAACAACAAGUCGAUCAACGAGGCCCUCAACCAGCUGCUCAUCAAGGAGGAAGACCACGCCGCCCUCCGCGCCUCCAUCGAAGCCUACGACAACUUUGACAACAUCGCCCUGGCCAACCAGCUCGAGUCGCACGAACUCGUCGAGUUCCGCCGCAUCUCCGCCUUCCUCUUCAAGGGCAACAACCGCUGGAAACAGUCGAUCGAGCUCUGCAAGAAGGACAAGCUCUACAAGGACGCGAUGGAGUACGCGGCCGAGUCGAGGAACGCCGAACUCGCCGAGGAGUUGAUCUCCUUCUUCCUCCAGGUUUGAGCAGGAGCCAAAAAAAAGCUUAAAGGUCUUGCUUACCGGAAAAGGUAUUGCGACCUUUUUGAAAGGGUUUUCCCUGGAUUUUUGGAAUAAUUUGGGCAAAGUUGCCUUUUUUUUUCCUUGUCUUGUACUUGACUUUAAACGUUGGAAGAUUUUUUGUAGAUUUUUCUAAAAUUUGAAGUAACUUAGGAACGCCGGAGUGGUCCCUUGAGGGGUGAGAAGGAAAAAUAUUCUAAACAGUGAACAAAAUAACGCCUUAGAGGACGAAAAAUAUAAGUGAUCCUUGUAGGGGAUAAAGGCAGAUCCCUGAAGCUUCAGGGAUCACUAUAGGGGUCUUUUAGUUUAUUUUUUUUGUGGUUUGAACGCAAAAAAGAAGUUGAGACCAAAAAAGGCUCCCCUAUAGUGGCCACUAACUAGAACCCUAGAGUGGUCACUUUUGAACGCUUCAGUCGUCCAUAUAGAGAGAGGUGAAGUGGUCCCUGGAGGGAAAACUUUAAGGACUCCUGAAGUUGCCUCUAGGGACCAAUCUGACGUUCUUAAGAGACCAAGAAAUAGAAAAAGAAGCUUUUACUUACAAAUGGAGCGGAUUGGUUAACUAUGAAGAUGAGAUCAGAAAUCAGAAACCGUAAUCAGAAAUAAAAAAUCACCAAGAAAUGUCAAUUUUUUCCAGGAACGACUUUACGACUGCUUCGCCGCCUCCCUGUACCACUGCUACGACUUGCUGCACCCCGACGUGAUCCUGGAACUCGCCUGGAAGCACAAGAUCAUGGACUUUGCCAUGCCCUACAUGGUCCAAGUCCUCCGCGACUACCAGAACCGUGUCGAACGCCUGGAGAGAGCCGAGGCCGAAAGGAAGGAGGAACGACAGGAGCAGCAGGGCCAGAAUGGCAUCGGAAGUGUGUAGUUGAUCAUAUUUGAGGAAAUUUUGUAGAAAAGAAAACAGAAAAUGUGUCACUAUAGGCUUCAGAAUGGCAUCGGAAGUGUGUAGUUGAUCAGAGAAAGUAAAAAAAAAGUUAGAAAAUGUGUCUGCUUAGGUUUCAGAAUGACUUAGGAAGCGUGUAGGUGUUCAGGCAAGAUGAAAAUCGCUGAAAAUCAGUCGAUAGGGUUCAGAAUUUGAAGAAAAAAAAAUCUCCCAUUUUUUUUAACGCGAUGAGGGGGUUUGGAGCUUUUGAACUGCCAAAACUCAAUUAUAAAACAAAAAUAUCUUUAAUUUUUUUUUUAAAUAUUCCCCUCUGUCAGAAACGAAAUUUUGAGUAUACCUGUAGGCUUGAAAAGCCCUUUGUGUAAACCUUUUCCACCCUUUUACGACCGUAAAAAGACCAUUUUCUUAUUUCAAAUCGAUUAUCUUGUCAUUCCUUCCUGUUGUCCAAAAUUGGAAAGAAAGUUAAAAGCUCCAGAGUGGUCCCUAUAGGGUCAUUUGAAGAUUCCCCUCCAGGAAUGAUUACAUCUCCCCAUGGACCGCUGGAGCUUGCAAAAAAAGAAAAUGACUUUUAUGAACUCUACGAGAAGAAUCAUUUUCAUAGGAAACCUCGAUAAAUUAGCGCUUUGAAAUGAAAAAAAUUGAUCAAGUCUUUUUUAAAAUAAAAAAAUUGAAAUACCCCUAUAGGGAACACUUGAGCUUUAGAGGCUUAGGGUUCAGGCUCUGAAUCCCUAUAGGGACCACUUGAAUUUUACCCCUAUAGGGGCCGUUUUUGAACUGCUUGUCGAAAUUAAAGUUUUAGUUUGAUAAAAAUAAAUUUAAAAAAUCAUUUUGCAGUGGAACCGCAACUGAUGCUGACCUACGGACCGGCGGGCGCCAUGCCCCCGCCUCAGAUGGGUUACGGUGGACCGGCGGGUUACGGUGGCCCGGUGUACGGUCAGCCCCAGCAGCCCUACGGUGGCAACAGUUUCAUGUAA